GAGGAGUGCGCCAAUCCCACUUGAGACCUUCCAUCGCCAUGUCCGCCAUCGGUGCUCUCAAGAAACUCGACCAGAAGAAGCCCGAGUCGACCCCCACCGGCAUCCUUGGACUGCUGCAAUCCAACGUGGUCAAGCGCGCGCGCGAGACGUUCGCGUGGUCGACCAAGCAAUUCUGGAAGUGGUACCAAUACGGCGGUCGCUUCACGUGGAUUGUCGCGACGACGAUGUUGUUCACAGUGAUUCCUUUGGGCAUGGAAAUUAUGCGCGAAGGUGAUGUGAAGGAGGUGGAAGCUCUCCGCGUCCAGGCACUCAAGGCGCAAGGUUACACCCCUGGCCAGAUUGCCCAAAUGGGUUACGUUGAUGCGUCCUCGGCGUCGUUAACAGAAGCCCUUCAAUAGACUAUCUUCCUUCAUCACAUUAGAAUGCAUUUGAUGCAAACGCACAAGCAGCUAUGCUUUUGAAAUAUGCUCCACUACACGACUUCCCGGUUGUCCUUCGUUUUCUUGACCACGGGGCCGAAAGCAGCAUUCGAAUCCGUCUUUCUUGCGAGGCCGAACACGUCCUGAUGUAAAACCUGCCAAGAGGGCCCUUGACGAUGGGACGCACUGGCGCGGCGAAGUAGUUUGUUCAGCGCAGUCCCGCCCCGCCUUACUCGGUUUUCGGCUUUGGGGGCUUUGACUGAAUCAUAACAAGCCCGAUGAAGGUUGAGCAGAUGGUAAGGAACACGACGAGUAUGAUAGAAGGAAUCGCGAUCGCAUAGUAGCGCUCAGGGAAGAAGCUCUGGACGAUGUGACCUUUGUCGACAAAGGGCUACGCAAAGAAAAACCCCAACGUGACGACACAGUGCGCAGAUCAUUUGCAUCCGCCAUCAAGAGAAAGAGAGAGUUUGGAGAGCAGUACCGUG